AUGCCGGGACUUGUAGUCCUCAGGGGGCUGUCUCGUCUCCCACAUGCAGCUUGUGCUGAUACAGAGCUCAUGUCCUCCAUGAUGCAAAAAAUCACUCUUUUGGAACAAAAAAUAGAGAAACAAGCAGAAGAAAUCAAACUAAAGGACAAGAGGAUUACUGAACUUGAAGAGAAGAUGAAGACUCUUCAGAAAAGAGAAGAUGCAGAGGAACUGGAAAUGAGGUGCCUUGAGCUGCAGACCCAGGUCUGGGAGAUGGAGAGGUUUCUAAAUGACUAUGGUCUGAUUUGGGUUGGAGAGAGACAUGAACAGCUGGAAGAUGAUGAAUUGCUUAAGAAUGAAGAAGAGCUGCCAGUAAGGAGCUUCUGGAAGCCAGGUGAAGCAGUUGUCUCCAAACCCCAGAUCGAUUUUGAUCAAAUCUUGGAAAAUGUGAAGGAUUUGAAUGUCCUGGCUGGAGAGGGCACUUCUCAAAUUGAGCACACACCAGGGGGGGCUCGGCUGAGGCAGGCAGAGCCCUUGUCUCUCACUCUGUAUCAAAAUGGGAUCAUCACAUUCAACGGAACCUUUCGGCCCUAUGAGGACCCAUCCACACAGCAAUGCCUGCAGGACAUCAUGGAUGGGUAUUUCCCUUCAGAGCUGCAAGCUCGCUACCCAGAUGGCAUCCCUUUGCAGGUCACUGACAGAAGGGACGUGGUAUUUCGGGAGAGACACCUCCCAGGAAGCUUUCCUGGCCAUGGCCAAGUAGUUGGCCAUUCAAAAUCAAGUGAACUACAGGAAACCACCAAGAUGCCAGAUCCCAAACUCCCUUUGGAGCAGGUCAACAAACUUUCCAAGGCUUUGAAACAUGGAGAAGAAGUAACUGGUACCCAAGAUUCAGCCCAAGCAGCACAGGAGGGCUCCAAUGGGGUGUGGAGCAGGAAAGGGAUCCUGGCGGAGACAUCCAGGCUGUCUGCUCUGGAGAGGAUGAAGACAGCUGAAGAGGCUGAAGCUCCUGCCCCUGCUCUCUGCACUCUCCGCAUCAAAUCCGAGAGUGGGGAGCAGACCUACACCAUCAGGAUGCUGCUGACAGAGACCAUUGGGGACCUGCGCCAACACCUCACCCAUGCCAGGGGUGGAGACUCUGACUCGUAUGAGAUCAUCAGUACCUUUCCCCAGAGGGUGUACACGGACAAUUCCAGGAGUCUGCAGGACUGUGGCCUGACCCCCAACACCUCCUUGUUGCUGCGAAGAAAAGACCCCUCCCAGCAAGACGGGACAGAGCUGGAAACAGCUUCUAACAAGAGCUGCUCACCCCCAGCUCUGCCAGGGGAAGGAGCUGCCUCCCACUGAUAGCUCUGCUGUAACACUCCCAGUCUGGAAAG